GGCAUUUUUUCGUGAUAUUCUUGGUGUGAAUUUUUUAAUUUUUCUAAUAAAGUAUUGUUUUUUUUAAUAUAAAAAGGCAAUUUGCAGUAAUCGUAUCUGCAAGAAUUCCUCCUAAGGAAUUCAUAAACAGAAAAAAUGAUGUACGAAGAUGAUGAAAUGUACGAGGAAGAAAAUGCGGAGGAAAUCUCCCAUGAGUUGUGGCAGGAAGCUUGCUGGAUUGUUAUUAACGCAUAUUUCGACGAAAAGGGUUUGGUGCGUCAGCAAUUGGACAGUUUCGACGAAUUUAUACAAAUGUCCGUCCAGCGUAUUGUAGAAGACUCGCCAGCAAUUGAUUUGCAAGCCGAAGCGCAACACACUUCUGGUGAAAUCGAGACACCUCCGCGUUUUCUGCUCAAAUUCGAGCAAAUUUACCUAUCCAAGCCCACACAUUGGGAAAAGGAUGGUUCUCCAAGCCCUAUGAUGCCGAACGAGGCACGUUUGCGCAACCUUACAUACUCGGCACCACUCUAUGUGGACAUUACAAAAACUAAAAUUGUCGAAGGGGCCGACCCAGUUGAGACACAACAUCAGAAAACGUUCAUUGGCAAAAUUCCCAUUAUGUUGCGUUCCACAUACUGUCUGCUCUCACAGCUCACAGAUCGUGAUUUGACCGAGUUAAAUGAAUGCCCGCUGGAUCCAGGCGGUUAUUUCAUCAUUAACGGUUCGGAAAAAGUGCUGAUUGCUCAAGAGAAAAUGGCCACCAAUACUGUCUAUGUAUUCAGCAUGAAAGAUGGCAAAUAUGCAUACAAAUCGGAAAUUCGUUCUUGUCUCGAACACAGCUCCAGACCGACGUCUACGUUGUGGGUUAAUAUGAUGGCGCGUGGUUCACAAAAUAUCAAAAAAUCGGCCAUUGGUCAACGCAUAAUCGCCAUUUUACCGUACAUCAAACAAGAAAUUCCAAUUAUGAUUGUUUUCCGUGCUUUGGGUUUCGUAGCAGAUCGUGACAUUUUGGAACACAUCAUAUAUGACUUUGAUGAUCCUGAAAUGAUGGAAAUGGUAAAACCAUCACUUGACGAAGCCUUCGUUGUGCAAGAACAGAAUGUGGCGCUCAAUUUUAUUGGCGCGCGCGGUGCACGACCAGGUGUAACAAAAGAUAAACGUAUUAAAUACGCGAAGGAAAUUUUACAAAAAGAAAUGUUGCCACAUGUAGGCGUGUCCGAUUUCUGUGAAACGAAGAAAGCAUACUUUUUGGGCUAUAUGGUGCAUCGACUGCUCUUGGCGUCUUUAGGUCGGCGCGAAUUGGAUGAUCGUGAUCACUACGGUAACAAGCGUUUGGAUCUAGCCGGUCCGCUAUUGGCCUUCCUCUUCCGUGGGCUAUUUAAAAACUUGAUGAAAGAGGUGCGCAUGUACACACAGAAAUUCAUCGAUCGUGGAAAGGACUUCAACUUGGAGUUGGCCAUCAAAACGAAUAUCAUUACUGAUGGUUUGCGUUACUCUUUGGCCACUGGCAACUGGGGUGAUCAGAAGAAGGCACAUCAGGCCCGUGCUGGCGUCUCUCAGGUGUUAAAUCGCCUCACAUUCGCUUCGACAUUGUCCCAUUUACGGCGUGUCAAUUCACCAAUUGGACGCGAUGGUAAACUGGCCAAACCACGUCAGCUACACAACACUUUGUGGGGCAUGUUAUGUCCUGCCGAAACACCGGAAGGCGCCGCUGUCGGGCUGGUAAAGAAUUUGGCGCUUAUGGCGUACAUUUCUGUUGGUUCGCAGCCUUCGCCCAUUCUAGAGUUCUUGGAGGAAUGGUCUAUGGAAAAUUUGGAGGAAAUCGCACCCUCUGCCAUCGCCGAUGCAACGAAGAUUUUCGUCAACGGUUGCUGGGUUGGCAUACAUCGUGACCCCGAACAGUUGAUGGCAACUCUGCGCAAAUUGCGUCGUCAAAUGGAUAUCAUCGUCUCGGAAGUGUCAAUGAUUCGCGAUAUUCGUGAUCGUGAAAUAAGAAUUUACACAGACGCGGGACGCAUUUGUCGUCCACUGUUGAUUGUAGAAAAUGGCUCGCUACUGCUUAAGAAGACGCAUGUGGACAUGUUGAAGGAACGUGAUUACAAUAAUUAUAGUUGGCAAGUUUUGGUCGCUUCAGGUGUGGUGGAGUAUAUCGAUACACUGGAAGAGGAGACUGUGAUGAUUGCCAUGUCGCCAUACGAUUUGAAACAGGAUAAAGAUUAUGCCUACUGUACGACAUACACGCAUUGCGAAAUCCAUCCGGCUAUGAUUCUAGGUGUAUGCGCGUCUAUUAUUCCAUUCCCCGAUCACAACCAGAGUCCACGUAACACCUAUCAAAGCGCUAUGGGUAAACAAGCUAUGGGUGUUUACAUCACUAACUUCCACGUGCGGAUGGACACUUUAGCGCACGUACUCUACUAUCCCAUGAAGCCUUUGGUCACUACACGUUCCAUGGAGUAUCUACGUUUCAGAGAGCUGCCAGCUGGCAUCAAUUCAAUAGUAGCCAUUUUGUGUUACACUGGUUACAAUCAGGAAGAUUCUGUCAUCUUGAAUGCCUCAGCUGUGGAGCGUGGCUUCUUCCGUUCCGUUUUCUACCGUUCAUAUAAAGAUUCUGAAAACAAGCGCAUUGGCGAUCAGGAAGAAAACUUUGAAAAGCCCAAUCGUCAAACUUGCCAAGGCAUGCGUAAUGCUCACUAUGACAAGUUGGAUGACGAUGGUAUUAUCGCGCCUGGUAUUCGUGUGUCCGGUGAUGAUGUGGUCAUAGGUAAAACGAUUACUUUACCUGAAAAUGAUGAUGAGCUCGAUGGCACUACAAAACGCUUCACGAAGCGAGAUGCUUCCACUUUUCUACGUAAUUCCGAAACUGGUAUUGUGGAUCAGGUGAUGUUAACGCUAAAUAGUGAGGGCUAUAAGUUCUGUAAGAUUCGUGUGCGUUCAGUGCGCAUACCACAAAUUGGUGACAAGUUUGCCUCACGUCACGGGCAGAAGGGUACUUGCGGUAUCCAAUAUCGCCAGGAAGACAUGGCGUUUACAUGUGAGGGACUGGCCCCCGAUAUUAUAAUUAACCCUCACGCCAUUCCAUCUCGUAUGACCAUUGGCCAUUUAAUCGAAUGUCUGCAAGGAAAAUUGGGCUCAAACAAAGGCGAAAUCGGUGAUGCUACACCCUUCAACGAUGCUGUCAACGUACAAAAAAUCUCCACUUUCCUGCAAGAGUAUGGCUAUCAUCUCCGUGGCAACGAAGUGAUGUACAACGGCCAUACAGGUCGCAAAAUCAAUGCCCAAGUAUUUUUAGGGCCUACCUAUUAUCAACGUCUCAAGCAUAUGGUGGAUGAUAAAAUUCACUCACGUGCUCGCGGUCCCGUACAGAUUUUGGUGCGCCAACCUAUGGAGGGUAGGGCGCGUGAUGGUGGUCUACGUUUCGGUGAGAUGGAACGUGAUUGUCAGAUAUCGCACGGUGCCGCGCAAUUCCUGCGCGAACGUCUCUUCGAAGUCUCCGAUCCUUAUCGCGUGCACAUUUGCAAUUUCUGCGGUCUCAUCGCUAUUGCUAAUUUGCGCAAUAAUACUUUUGAGUGCAAAGGUUGCAAAAAUAAAACACAAAUAUCGCAAGUCCGCUUGCCGUACGCCGCCAAGCUGUUAUUCCAGGAACUAAUGUCGAUGAAUAUUGCACCGCGACUCAUGGUUGUCCAAUAGACUUCAAACGAAGUGCGAAAAAACAAUGAUCCUUUUAUAUUUGUGUGCGUCAUUGAAUAGACGAUAUGCUAGUUUUAAUUUGCAUUCAAAAAAAAAUUACAGUACUACAGUUUAUCAAAUAAAGAAAAGAAAAUA